AUGAAGAACACCAUCAAAGAGCAAUUUGGUAUUAGUAAUUCAGAAUAUGGGGUGAUCCAAUCUAGUGUGGCGAUUGUGAACACGAUUUUACCAGUGAUUGGAGGGAUCUUUGUCGAUGCAUUUGGUACUAUUCCUGGUUCAUUACUUACUACAUUGUUGAUCACGUCUGGCAAUAUCAUGGUGGCCUUGUCCACAUCAAGCAACAACCUGACUGUGUUGAUUUUGGGUCGUAUCUUUUAUGGUAUUGGUAGUGGUACUGUCGUGAUUGUUCAAGAAACUAUUCUUAGUCAAUGGUUCCGUGGACGUAGUUUAGCAGCUGUGGUUGCUUUAAUGUUGACAGUCAGUCGAUUGGCUUCAUUUUUGGCUCAAGCUACAGUGGUACCUAUUGCUGAUUGGACAGGUUGGUAUGGUUAUAGUUUCUGGUUUUCUGCCAUGCUUUGUGUUUUCUCCUUUGUCAUUAAUUUGGUAUAUAUCAUACUUUUACGUUCAGUCUCGGAUCCAUCGGCAGUGGCAUGUCGUAAACAGGUGGAAGUCAUCAAACGAAAGAAAUCAUUCAGUUGGAAGAAAUUGUUAUUUUUACCACAUUCAUAUUGGUUAAUUGCAGCGAUGGAAUUUUUUCUUGGAGGUGGAUGGGGAUGUUUCUUACAUUUGAAUAGUGAAUUUGUCAAGUUUCGAUUCUCCUAUUCCAAUGCACAAUCAGCUGCAACUGCAAGUGUUGCUCAAGUACUUCCUGUUGUUUUGAUGCCAUUCUUGGGAAUGUGUGUAGACAAAUAUGGCAAACGAACAUGGAUGAUGGUUGGAAGUGGUGUUUCUAUGUUAGUAUCCUUAUUGCUUUUGGGUUAUACUAAUUUGGCACCAUUGGUUGGUAUGUUGAUCUUCAGUCUUAGCUUAUCAUUGGGACCAGUAGGACUUGUAUCAUCUGUACCUGUGAUUCUUCCAUUAUCACUUGUAGGCACUGGUCUUGGAUUGAUCAAAAGUUGGACAAAUAUUGGAUUGGCUCUUUUUGAUAUUGUCACUGGAUGGUUACAAGAUCAGGAUCCUAACAAAGGUUAUGAUGGCGUGGUGCUCUUCUUUCUUAGUAUCUCCGUCAUAUCUAUUCUCUGUGGUAUUAUCUUAACUUUUAUGGAUCACAAGAUUUAUAAUCAUAUUCUGGAUCGGUCUGCAAGAGAAGCUCAUCGGGCAAAUGAAUACAAAUUAUCCAAUGCUGUACCAUUGAAACAAAAUAAUGCCAAUUGGAUCUAUGGUGGAAUCUAUGUGUUGAUGGCUGUGUUAACUUGGUUAUUAUUCUUCCGUUUUGUAUUAUUGAUUUAA